ACACUAAGUUCAGGCAGGGUUCAGAAGUGUUUCAUAACAGGAGCCGUUGAGAAUACAGUAUGUCCGGAUCUCAGCGUAGUGGGGUACGUACUCCCUUUCAGGACCUGACAAACAACGACAGUUCAGGUCAAAAAACAGAUCCAAAAGAACUAAAGAGACAGAGGGAAAGGGAGAGGUAUGCACUAAACAGGGAUGCAAUAUUGAAAAAAAGAAAGGAGGCAAGGGAUCGUAAGAAAGCUAUGCCCGCUAUUUUAAAUGGAACCAACACUCCAUCUAAGCCACCCGUGGCCAUGUCGCCUGGUUUUGACACUGUGGGGAUGCCCAGUGCGCAGUCUGCUAUCACCCAGCAACGGCACACACCAGUUGUGGAAGGCAUACUUGUUGAUGUGGUAAUGAGUGAUCAGACUCCACUUCAUGGUCCAUGUGAACUAACAACACCAGAUACUGUCGGGUCUAACAAGGAAAAUGUUGAUAAUAUUAACUCUGCCAUUGAUUCCUCCCAACUUACUGUGUUACGACCGCCACUUCAAGCCUACAGAUGCAGCAGUUCGUAUGAAGAAAAACAAGCACUGAAGAGGCAGAGGGAAAAUGCCCGGUAUGAGCAACAUAAAGAAGAGAUAUUGCAAAGCCUACGUGACAAACGUCGUGCAGCCAAAUCUACAGUAGUGCUUACAACCGGAGAACAAAACCAAUCUGAUACAGCUGAUGAAGAUUGUGAUUGGCUCCACACAAAUGAUAUGUACCAGAGACAAACCAUUGGAAGGAUGAUGAGGCGAGACAACAUAGUCACUGCGUCGUCACGUGGACACAAUCAAGUCAACAAUUAUAAUGGCAACGACCACGACGAUGAUGCAUAUGGAAUACUGGAGCCCGAUGGCAACACAACAAAUAUGGAUGACUGCUUGGGAGUUGAAAAUCUUAUUGAAACUGAAUAUGUUGAGCCUGAUGAAGAAGCUAGGAUGUUCGCCCACCAAGAUGUUGACUUUGAAUCCUACCGAGUUGAACGACGUCACACUGAUGGAACACCAACAAAUGAUCCUAAUGAUAGGGCUUACAUUAACCUUCCCAAAAAUCACCAUGUCCUUAGAAAAGUUAGGGACUGUCUCCACUGUGGAGCAUUGCGGUUUCAAUACGAGGGACCUGCAUUUUGUUGCAGAAAGGGGAAAGUAGAUUUAUUUACUCCCGAGGUCCCAGACGAGUUGAAACGGUUGUUCACAAGUCAACGUGAUGACGAUGCUAAACAUUUUCGAGACAAUAUUCGGUAUUUCAACUCUCACUUCUCAUUCACAAGUCUUGGAGUCACCCUUGAUCGUCGAGUAAGCACUGCAGCAAGAACCGGCGUAUAUACCUUUCGUGCUUGUGGGGGGUUGUACCACGCUCUUGAUGAGCUGGUGCCGGCUGAUAAUGGCCCUAGGCAUUUGCAACUCUCUAUUUAUGAUACAGAUCAUAACUUGGGGCACAUGACUAAUAUGUCUCCAGAUCUAGAUAUAGAUCUCAUACGGAAAAUUCUGGGAAUACUAGAGCAGAACCCUUAUGCACAUGCUUUCAAGAGCCUUGGGUCUGUUCCGAAUCUAGAUGAGUACAAGAUCUCACUAAACACAGAUAUCAAGUUGGAUCAACGUAGGUACAAUGCCCCAACGACUUCUCAGGUGGCAGGGAUAUGGGUUGAAGGGAGUGAUCCACAAAACUAUUUUGACAGGAGUGUUGUCGUGCAUGCCAAAAAAGGAGACCGACCACUCUAUAUUAGAGCAUACUAUGGUUGCUAUGACCCAUUGUCAUAUCCACUGUUUUUACCACGUGGGGAGACUGGUUGGAAUCGUUGGAUGCCGUAUGUUCAGGCCCCCGAUGACACCACCCAAUUUCCAGCGCAUAAUUCUGGACCACAAGAAAACCGCACCUCUGAUUUACAUCCAGAUGAAAACUUGAUUAAUGGAAGGGAACGAGUUGGCACCUUUGUGCCAGAUGAAGACCGGGUCACUGGUUUACAUGCAGAUGAGGAUUUAAUUAAUGAAAGGGAACAGGUUGGCAAUUUUAUGCCAGAUGAAGGCCAAGCGACUGAUCUACAUGCAGAUGAUAACGAGGAUAUCCAAGAUGAGGAUUUUGGUGACAAUGAGGUCAAUGCAACACAAUCCAGGAAAUUUGUUAGUGCAAGGGAGUACUACUGCUUCAAGCUACAGGUCAGGAAGAAGCUUUUUAACAUCAUCUUGUUUGGUGGGCGCCUUUUCCAACAGUGGGCGGUUGAUAUGUAUAUCAAGAUUGAGACUAUGAGGCUGGACUGGUACUCAAAGCCAGAAAAUCAAAAAGUUAUACGAGCUGAUCUCUACCAGGGUCUUGUUGACACCAUCGUUGCCGGCGAGUCACGCGGUGAUCGAAUUGGCAAGAGAAUCGUGCUUCCACGUACGUUUCCUGGUGGUGAUCGCGACAUGCAGCGGAGGUUGCUGGAUGCGAUGGCAAUAGUCCAACAGUGGGCAUGCUCGAGCAUCAAGGCAGUCAAGUAUUUGUUCAAGUACAUCUAUAAAGGCCACGAUCGGACGUCCUUUGCAUUCGAGCAGGACAUAAUCAAUGAUGGUGGAAUCAUCAAUGAAAUCCGACAAUAUAGGGAUGCACGCUACGUAUCUCCUCCAGAGGCUAUUUACAUGAUUUUUGGUUUCAAAAUGUUUGGUGUCAGUCCAUCAGUGCUGCAGCUCCAGCUUCAUUUGCCGAACAUGCAUACAAUUGCAUUUAAAGCUGGUGAAAAUCUUGAAGAUGUUGUCGCUCGACCAUCUUCAUCCAGGUCCAUGCUUACCGAGUACUUUGAGAUGAACCGGAGGAAUCCGCAAGCACAGAAAUUGUUGUACAGAGAGUUUCCAGAGCAUUAUAGAUGGAUAGCUGGAAAAAAGAAGUGGCAGAAGAGAAGAAAUAACAGAUCACAGAUUGGAAGACUUGUGUAUGCACACCCUGCUGAAGGAGAGAGGUACUACUUGCGUGUGCUGCUAAGUCAUGUUCAAGGUGCCACUUCUUUUGAUCAUUUAAAAACAGUAAAUGGCAACCUAUGCACUUCCUUUAGAGAGGCAUGUGAGCACUUAGGCCUCAUUGAGCACGACAAGACUCUUGAUGAUUGCAUGACAGAGGCAGCCACAUUUCAGAUGCCUUCUGCCCUAAGACGGUUGUUUGCAACUAUAUUGGUAUUUUGCGAGGCAACGGAAAUACGACAAUUGUGGGAUAAACAUCUACCAUCAAUGUGUGAGGACUACAGUCGUAAUGAAUCCAAUGAGCCGGUACUUGAGCAGAUGGUCCUUCGAGAUAUUACGGAUAUGUUGCAAUCCAUGGGAAAGGAUAUUAAGAGCUAUGGACUUCCGGAUCUGGUUGAGACCGAUGGUUCUUAUGACAGUGAGUACAAAGAGGUAACAGAGGAGAGGCAAAUCACCACGGACACAGAACAUCUAGAUCUAUUUAGCAGUUUGAACAAUGAGCAGCUAGCUGGUUUCAAUGACAUAAUGGAUCAUGUGAUGAACAAAAAAAGCCAGAUAUUCUUUGUUGAUGGUCCAGGAGGAACUGGGAAGACGUACUUGUACAAGGCAUUGCUAGCAAAGCUGCGUUCCAUGGGCGAAAUCGCGAUCGCAACUGCUACAUCUGGUAUUGCAGCGUCGAUAAUGCCUGGAGGACGCACAGCACACUCCCGGUUCAAAAUUCCAAUCAAGCUCACUGACAACAGUAUGUGCGGUUUCACAAAACAGAGUGGUACAGCGGAUUGCUUAGACAUGCGUCCCUGA